UAUUUCCCUUUCGUCGCUCCUCGCCCCUGCUCCCGCCUUGCGCGAGCGAGGUGGGGGGAAGGCGAAGGAGGAGGGAGGAGGGAGGAGGGAAGGGGAGAGGGGAAGAGGAAAGAGGAGGGAAGGAGGGGGAAGGGGGAGGAAGAGCGAGGAGGGGGGAGCAGGGGGAGCAGGCUGACGUCCCAGCGCUGUAGCUGAUGGGCUCCAGCUUCGCCUCCCACAUCCCGCUGAGCAGCGCCAGAGCCCGGUCCCGCCCUCUGCCACCGCUCGCCUUCUCCUGACGCGCUGGCUUCAUUCGACUCUCCCUCUUCCUCCUCCUCCCCUAAAGCCCCUAAAGCCCCUGAAGACCUUCACGCGAGUGGGGGGGGAGAGGGAGGAGGGAGGAGCAGGGGGAGCAGGCUGAAGUCCCAGCGCCGUAGCUGAUGGGCUCCAGUUUCGCCUCCCACAUCCCGCUGAGCAGCGCCAGAGCCCGGCGCCACGGCCCGCGUCUCUCGCACGCGCUGGCCGGAGCGCUUUAACUGAUGACGUCGGGCUCCAGCUUCGCCCCGCCAAUUUCUCUGAGCAGUGACAGAGCCCUGUGCCACCGCUCGCCUUCCCCACACGCGCCAGCUACAUCGUACUGGUCAUUAUCAUCCUCCUCAUCAUCACCAUCACCACCGCCGCCAUCAUCAUGAUCAUCAUCAUCAUCAUCUUCAUCAUCAGUUUGAGGAGGCUGAUGCCACAACCUGCUGCCACUGCUCGCCUCUCUCGCACGCGCUGGUCGAAGCGCAUUAGCUACGGACAUCGGGCUCCAGCUUCGCCCCCCCACAUCCCGCUGAGCAGCGCCAGAGCGCAGUGCCGCAGCUCGCGUUUCUCGCACGCGCUGGUCGAGGCGCUCCAGCGGAUGACAUCGGGCUCCAGCGUCGCCCCGCCCAUCUUGCUGAGCAGUGAGGGGUAUCCAACGGGGGGGGCGGGUACGAUUUGUUAACAUCUGAUGACGUCGGGCUCCAGCUUCGCCUCCCACAUCCUGCUGAGCAGCGCCGCAGCCCGAGGCCGCAGCUCGCCACGGAACGCUGCCACUGCUCGCCCCAGUCCCACGUCGUGACCCCAGCCCCUUCGAUGGCUUGAAUCACGAUGGCCCCCUCCGUAGCUGAUAACGUUGGGCCCCCAGCGCCACAGCCCGAGGCCACAGCUCGCCACGGCACGCUGCCACAGCUCACCCCACUCCCACGUCGUGACCCCAGCCUCCUCGAUGGCUUGAAUCACGAUGGCCCCUUCCGUAGCUGAUAACGUUGGGCCCCAUGCUGGCACUCUCGAUGGCUUGAAUCACGAUGGCUCGAACCACACUUGGCUUGAGCCAGACUUGAGCCAGGCUUGAGCCAGACUGGCUUGAACCAGAGAAAAGGGCCACACUUUGUUGCCAUAGGUCUGCUGCAAGUGCAAGCUCAUUGGCCAAAUGUCACAAUCUUACCACCACCAGCCGAGAACAUAAAUUGCUCUGGGAUGCCAGUGCAAGGGACGUCUGUCGGACAAACCGGUGGGGGUCCACAACAAAUCAAACAGUGCAGCGGAACCAGGCCAAUAGAAGCGGGCCACACUUUGUUGCCAUAGGUCUGCUGACAGCGCAAGCUCAGUGGCCAAAGGUCAGAGUCUUACCACCACCACCAACCGAGAACAUAAAUUGCUCUGGGAUGCCAAUGCAAGGGGCGUCUGUCGGACAAACAGUUGGGGGUCCACAAAUCAAACAGUGCAGCAACCUACAAUCCGAAGGCCUCCUGAUGCCUUCAGGGCAAAUAAAUCGCACCCGAUUCGCAAGCCUCAGUUAUCCCACUUGGUGGGAUUGCUCCUUUGCAGUGAGCUGUGUUGCUAUACAAGAAGUCCGCGUGGCAAUCUAAACGGUCGCCUAUGUUUGCUUCUGUCCUGCACGCCGCGGCUUCACAUCGGCGUUUCCACGACCAUGACAUUUGAUAGUCCAUUUCGGCACGUACUUCACACCGUGGCUCCACAUCGGCGUUUCCAAAAC